AUGCGCAAAGGACACCCCAAAACAUCCCAGAGGCCACAUUUCCGGCUCGCUGCCGUUCGCUACAGCGGUCAAAAGCGUUUCAUCACAAAGCCAUCAAAUAGGCCAGGGGCGCCGGCGACGGUUGAGUUCGACUACGAAACAUUGGUCUUCAAUCCUGAAAGCCCACAGUAUAUUUCACCACGCCAGUGGGGGAGAACCAGAGCCUUUGUUCUUGCUGCACACCUAGACUGCGCGAGAAGAUUCCCUUCUUUUGACAAGAACGUUGUAUUGAACCUCCUACACCAUGAUUUUCCACCCUCGGAUUCCCGAAAACGGGAAAGAAUGCUGGUUCUUCGACAGCGCUGCCUUGAUAUUUCUGGGGAGAAUGAAGAUAUCACAUUGGGCGAUCUUCAGGAACAGGCUCGAAUAGGCGUGAGAGACUUGAUUCUUGCACCAAACUUAGUGAAUAUCCUUUCUAGCAAAAGGGCCAGAUAUCUGCACUUCAUUGUCGAUCCAACAAAACCAAUUUGGGGAAUAUCGGCCACGUUCGAAAAUGCUCGCUACCUUCAGGGUCUGUCAAACAAGGCUGGCAGGGACGCAUUCUUGGUGGUCUCCGAGCCGCAGCAACUCUCGGACGGAGUCUAUUUCGCUUCAGACCACCUUGGAGUCAGGGCAAUCUCCUUUGGUGAGACUGAUGUGACACAAAGCUCCAACUAUGAACAGCCGGGAAUUUGGUGGACUUUCCAAAACACCAACAAGUCGCAGCGAUGCUUUUUGAAAUGGUACAGUGAUGGCUUUAAAAUGCGCGAUUUGCACGUCGUGAAAUCUCAAGAAGACGUUCUAGCUCCGCUGGCAAGGUGGUCGUUGCUACCACCAAAUCUGGAAGCCAUCUGGUACUUGAACCUCGAUGACAGGACCGGUGGCCGACACUACUUCAAGGCUUUGGAGUGCGAAAGCCCUGAGAUCACUGGCUAUUCAGCAUGCCUGCUCGACGAAGACCUGCUUUACCUGCAUAGUCAUCGUGAGGGUGAGGACUUUGCAUUCUACAGUGAAGGUCGGGGAGACCGACUGCGCGCAGUGUGGCUAUAUUUUCCAGUCGAGAAGCACGAGCGGAUCGUCGAAGUCUGGCGCUUGAGGAGAAGGCCAGCGUUCUGGCGCGAUAUACUUCUGCUGCGGACGAGCAAGAGUCGCGUUUUCUUUCUAGGAGCAAACGCCAAUAUGACCCCGCCAGAUGCGAUUUUCGAACGUGUGGCCUUGUUGGCCGCCCAACCUUCUCGUCUCUGGUUCAGUUCACAGGGAGAUGGCGUCGACUGUCUUGCAUUCGACUGUGAGGACAAACGCCACGACAAGAAUGAAGCUCCUCCAUCUUUCCACGACCCAUCUACAUGGUCCUCAAGGAUGAGUGUCCAGCAGGUCUUCAAUAAGUCGGUUAGACUUGGAGGUGUGACUGAAGUCAUCCCGUGCAAAACUUGGAUCCCAGGGUCUACUGGGAUUGUCGGUCUCAUCUUCACUUACUCUGAUGGCUCGAGGGAGUCGGUAGGACAAGUCCGUCUUGAUCAUCUCCUUCCACGCAUCGAGGUUGAUCCGGCCGGAGAGAUGUGGAUAGGGGCUAGACUGCUUCACCCUAGCGGCGCGGUCGUUGAGUUGAUGAGAGUGAUUCCGUCCACUGGCCAAACCUUCCAUGGUGGAAACCCUUCACAAGAAGGACUGACUUGGUUGAGGAUAUUCUGGCGGGGUCGAUUAGACUGGAACUUUCUGUAUAGCAAAUGCUUCAUCAAUGUCAGCGACCAGCCCAAUGUAAAUCAGCAUAUGAGCAUUGAUAUGUUGCUGGAGAGCUGGGCUGGGAGAGAAUGGGAGAAAGAGGAGGUGUCGGGGCAGCUUGUUGUGCGUCCCCGUUGA